CUUUGGUUUAUGGAUAACCUAUAAAUUGUCAGCUGUUAUCAUGUCAAAAUGGAUUGUUGACUGUUGUUCAAAUUGCUAUAUGCUUAGCCUAAUUCAUUGAAAUCUUUUAAAUACAACCCAGGAACAUGGAUUAUCAAUAUGAACAAGCCAGUGAAGUAGAGGCCUUAGAUUCUAUCUAUUGCGGUGAUAUGCAAAUUUUGCAGGUUGCGCCUUUUCACAAAUUUAGUAUUCCAAUAAAGUCCGAAAGUUAUGAUGAUGGGGAUGGCUUAGCAUGUGAACUGGUCUUUACUUACACUUCAAAAUAUCCCGAAGAGCUGCCUGUCGUAGAGGUAUCUAAUGAAGAAAAUUUCGAUGAUGUAGUCGACAAAAAUGAAUUAUUGGAACAUUUAGUAGAACAGGGAAAAGAAAAUGUUGGAAUGGUUAUGGUAUUCACAUUGGUUUCUGCUGGACAAGAGUGGCUCAAUGAGAAGUGGGACUUGAUUAAGAAGCAAAGAGAAGAACAAAUCCUAGCAAAGAAAAAGGCAGACGAAGAAGCUGAAAUGAAAAGAUUUGAAGGUACAAGAGUUACUGUGGAGUCAUUUCUCGCAUGGAGGAAACAGUUUGAGAUUGACAUGGGUAUACCUGCUAAGAGAGAAAAAGAAUCAAAAGAUAAGACAAAACUCACAGGAAAAGAGCUAUUCUUAAGGGACACCACUUUGAAUGAGUCAGAUCUGAAAUUCCUUGAUGAUGGAGAUGCUGUUAAAGUCGACGAGUCUCUCUUCCAAGAUCUAGAUGACCUAGAUAUUUCUGAUGAGGAUGAUGAAGACUACAUUCCCGGACAGAGUGGUAGUGAAAGUGAUUAAUAUUUUACAAUUUGUUGUAUGAGUAAGGCUAAGAUUCGCGUGAAUAAAGUGAGACAAGGGAAAGUGAAAAGCAA